AUGAUUGUGUUCACGAUCACGAUUACGAUUACGACCAUCAUUACGAUUAUGAUCAUGAUUACGACAGUGAAUGCGGCUAGUUAUGACUACGAUUAUGAUCACAAUUGCGAUUUUGAUCACGGCCACGGCUGCCAUGAUUACGAUUGUGAUUGCGAUUAUGAUUUUGGCUAUGAUUGCGAUUGCGCUCAUGAUUACGAUCAUAGGCACGAUUAUGAUCACGACUGCGACUGCGAUCGUGACUAUGAUUACGACCAUGAUUGCGAAUGCGACUAUAAUCACGAUUUUGAUUAUGGCUACGAUUACGAUCGUGACCAUGGUUACGACUUUGAUCAUGACCACGAUAGCGGUCAUGACCAUGAUCGCGAUCAUGACCAUGAUCAUAAUCACGGCCAUGACUAUGACGAUCACGACUACGGUCACGACCGUGAUUACGACCACGAUGAUUGCGAUGACCACGAUUAUGAUCGUGAUCACGAUGACUAUGAUCACGGUGAUUACGACCAUGGUUAUGCUGAUCACGAAUAUGAUCAUGGUUAUCGCGAUUAUUAUGAUCACGGACACGACCACGAAAAUUAUGAUUAUGAUUACGGUGGUGAUUACGAUGAUCAUGAUCACAAUCAUAAUUAUAGAGAUCGUGGUCACCGUGACUAUAAUUAUGAUUGA